AUAGCAACGUUUGUAAAUAAUCUCGACGACAGAGCAUUGGAUUUGCGGCGAUAUGACGGACAAUAAGAUUAAUUCACUUGUUAAAUAUGAUACGCCUGUUCUUGUUACAACGAAAAAGAAGGAUGAUAAAGCUCAGGUUCCUCAUCUGACGAUGAAAGAUGGCAUACCAACGGACGUAUCAGAUGUGAGCAGCACGAGCGCGCCCGGACUGAGUGGUGCCCUUCCACCUGGGGGUCCUCUCGGCACAACGCCCUCCGUCAGACUGGUUCUUCCGCCCCUGCAUGAACUGAGGAAGAAAGAAACACAGGAGAUUCUAAAUCUCAUCCUGCCUCCGAGAGAAUGGGAAGAAGCCGGUCAGCUGUGGGUGCAGAGCGUGUCCACCACGCCGGCUACCUCCGUGGACGUGCAGCAACUUCAGGAGCAGCUAGACCUGAGGCUGCAGGAGCAGGAAGCCUUCGAGACUGGCAUUUGUCCCGUCAGACGAGACCUCUACACGCAGUGCUUUGACGAACUCAUCCGGCAAGUGACCAUUAACUGUGCCGAACGAGGACUCUUGCUGUACAGAGUCAGGGACGAAAUCAGAGAAACCCUGGAUGCUUACCAGAGACUCUACACAUCAGCCUGUGCUUACGGCGUCAGGAAGGCCCUCAUGGCCGAGGAGCACAAGGUGAAGGUGGGCGCCCGCUGCGACGAGCUGCGCAAGCAGGUGAGCGAGCUGGAGACGCGAGCCGAGUCCCUGCGGCAGGAGAUCGAACAGCUGCAGACGGAGGCUCAGGACGCCAGGAAGGCCGACGCCGACAAGCACGAGGAGACGAAGACGGUCCAUCAGGCAAGGAUUGAGAUACUCAAGAAAAAACUGGAAGGCAUCAUCAAGCAGGCGACGCAGCCCAAGAAAUAAUCCUCUUCCAGUUCCUUAUCGCGAUGUUUUUUUUAAUGCGAUAUAACCCUUGAGACAGUAUUAGAGCUUUGUUAAACCUCAGGCCGUUUUAUAUUCUAUUGAAGAAAAAAAUAUAUAAAAAGGUGAUGUUACCUGGAAACUGUGUUUUACAAGCCAGCAUUCAACCCAUGCCUAUAAACCUAUUUCUUUA